CACCACACAAAAGAGCAGUUCUUCAUUGCUGACUUCCACUUCACCUGUCUCUUCUCACACUAGUGUUUCCCACUGAAGGUACAUAUAAAAGAAUUUGGCAUUUUGUAUCUCUUCGAUUAACGGCUGAUCCUCUCUACAAGAACAACAAUGAACAUCUCUGAGAAGGAGAUACAGGGCUUCUAUGGCAGUGACCCCCAUCAAGAGAACAUCAUAUUUUCCACAUUUUACAUGCUGAUUUUCAUCAUUGCUGUGCCUGGGAAUGCCUUGGCUCUCUGGGCCUUCUUUCACCAGCACAGCACGUCUCCAUCUAAGGUCUUCCUGAUGCAGCUGUCGGUAGCAGACAUCUCUUACAUCCUUAUUUUACCCAUGCGUAUGGUUUACCACCUGUCUGACAGCCACUGGCCGUUUGGACAUGUCCUCUGUCAACUAGCAGGCUUCCUAUUUUACCUUAACAUGUACUGCAGCCUAUACUUAAUGAGUUUCAUCAGCCUGGACAGAUUUUUGGCUGUGGUUCUACCCAUAAAAUCACGGUCAGUUAGGAAAGCUACGUAUGCAAAGGUAGUUGUUGGCAUACUUUGGGUGACAGUUCUUGUGUCUAUGAGUCCUUUACUUUUUUCUAAAAAGAACAUGACAAACAACUCAACUGGCAUCUGCGACAAGCUUUAUCUAGAGAAGACAUCUCCCAAAGCUUUAGUUUCCACUGUUGUGGCAUUCAUUCUUCCAUUCACCUCCGUAAUGGUUUCCUACAUACUGAUUCUGCUGAAACUAAGGGCAGUGAAACAACAGGGAAGAAAACCACUGAAGCACAAAGCUGUAAGACUGAUCAUCCUUAUUGUAAUGAACUUCCUGUUUGCAUUUGUGCCCUACCAUGUGAGCAGGGUAAUAUACAUUAAAAGUCACAGUCAUGGCCACAUGACUGCGGCAAGCUGGGCAUCACUAGGAAGAGCGAAUCGGAUCACAUCUGCACUGACUUGUGUUAAUGGUGUACUGGAUCCAGUGAUGUAUUUUUUCCUGAACCGUGCAUACAGGGACAAAUUGCUUAAGCUGUUCUGUAAAGGAAGAAGAUGAUCAAUGGGCAACAAAUGUUAUGUAGACCAUAAAUAUUUUCAAGCAA